AUGAAAUACAUCCAAACCGACCAAGUUCUAGACAUCCCUGAAGGCGUCACCGUCAACAUCAAGUCCAGAGUGAUCAAGGUCACCGGUCCAAGAGGUGUCUUGACCAAGAACUUGAAGCACAUCGAUGUCACUUUCGCCAAGGUCAGCAACAGACAGGUUAAGAUCACUGUUCAUAACGGUGACAGAAAGCACGUUGCUGCUUUGAGAACCGUUAAGUCUCUAGUCGCCAACAUGGUCACUGGUGUGACCAAGGGUUUCAAGUACAAGAUGAGAUACGUGUACGCCCAUUUUCCCAUCAACGUGAACGUUGUUGAGAAGGAGGGCGAGAAGUUUGUCGAAAUUAGAAACUUCUUGGGUGACAAGCUCGUCAGAAUGGUGCCUGUCAGAGAAGGUGUUUCCAUCGAGUUCUCUACCAUCCAAAAGGACGAGAUCGUUUUGUCUGGUAACUCCAUCGAAAACGUCUCUCAGAACGCUGCUGACAUCCAGCAAAUAUGCCGUGUCAGAAACAAGGAUAUCCGUAAGUUCUUGGAUGGUAUCUACGUUUCCGAAAAGGGUUUCGUCGAGCAAGAAAACUAA